UGUGAUCAUACCUGCUAAUCGUUAGCUUCCUUUCGAGGGGUUUUCCACGAUACCCAGCGCCUUGCUUAAGAUCAGUAGCGACUCUCAGCCAGCCGGACAGCCAGACAGAGAGACAGACACACGGCUGUGUUAACAUAGCGGGGGGGAGCGUUUGUUGUCAGGUCCCCACCGCAGCACUGGCAUCGUUUAUCGCACUCUGCUAAGUGUUAGCCGGGUGCUAACGGCGCUGGCGGCUGCUGCGUGUCUAACGGCGCUGUCAUUUUGAUCACUGCGGCGUCAUAAAGGGGAUUUUGACAGUCCCCGGUAGAUGCUAUGGAGCUCCAGGCGGUGUUGAUGGCUGCAGGCGGGGGGUCCCGUAUGAUGGAUCUAACUUACAACACCCCCAAACCAAUGCUACCAGUGGGCAACAAGCCCCUCAUGUGGUACCCACUAAAUCUGUUGGAGAGGGUGGGCUUUGAAGAGGUGAUUGUCAUCACCACCAAAGAGGUCCAAAAGAUGAUGAGCACAGACCCAAAAAUUAAGCUGGAGGUGAAGAUGAAGCUGGACGUGGUGUGUAUCCAGGAAGAUGCAGACAUGGGCACGGCAGAUGCUCUUCGACACAUCCAGCAGAAGAUCAAGACGGACAUUCUGGUAGUGAGCUGUGACCUGAUAACAGACGCAGCGCUUCACGAGGUGGUGGAUCUUUUCAGGGCCCACAAUGCCACACUAGCCAUGCUGAUGAGCCCGGCCCACGAGUUCACCGAGACAGUCCCGGGCCAGAAGGGCAAGAUGACAGCUGAACAGAGGGACUUCGUGGGUGUCGAUGAAUCGGGGACGAGACUGCUUUUUAUGGCAAAUGAGGCGGAUCUGGAGGAGGGGCUAUCACUCAGGAAGUCCAUCAUGAGGAAACAUCCCAGGAUACACAUUAAAACGGGUCUAGUGGAUGCCCACCUCUACUGUCUCAAGAAGUCGGUGGUGGAUUUUCUCACCGAAAACAAGUUCAUCUCAUCGAUCCGUGGUGAAUUGGUACCGUAUUUGGUGCGGAAGCAGUUCUCUAAAUCCACCAACAGCCCGAAGACCAAAGAGGAUGUAGAAGACCAGAACCAAAAAAAGAAAGAUGGCGACACAAAUCCGGAGCUCCGCAUCUUGUUCCGUGACGAGCCCCUCCUCCAGCUGGCUCACGAGCGCUCCUGUUGGAACGACCACCGCGGCGACAUGAGCGAGGCCUACCACGGAGGGAAGCUGCGUUGCUACGUUCACAUCAUGGACCAGGGCCUGUGUUACCGCGUCAACACACUAGCUGCUUAUAUCGAGGCUAACCGACUGGCCCCCAAGCUUUUUGAGGAAUCUGCAGUCCACCCCUCUGCUGUCAUCUCUGAGAUAUGUCUGAUUGGAUCAGACAGCAUUGUUGGAGCGUCCUGCCAGGUGGCAGAUAAAUCUUCCAUCAAGAGAUCUACAAUCGGAAACUCAACCACUGUAAAAGAGAAGGUCAAAGUCACCAACUCUAUCAUCAUGCACGGGGUUACCAUCGAGGAGGGGUCAAAUAUCCUGGGCAGUGUGAUCUGCAGUAAUGCUGUUAUUGGCCAGGGUGCAGACCUCAAAUACUGUCUCGUCGGCAAUGGACAACACAUAGAGCCAAAAGCUGAGAGGACUAACGAGAUCAUAGUUGGAAAUGACCAGUUUAUGGAGAUCUAGCAUCCAGGAAGUGAGAGUGGCGUCACCUCCGGGAGCCGAGCGGAGACACCCACGGGACGCCUGACGGACGGACGGGCGGGCGGCCGGGCCGGCUGGUCGGUCGGAGACCCCGAUGCGGCCUCGCGGGCCUGCGUGUUCCUCAUAGGCGUUUUUUUUUCUUCUAAAACGUGUCUAAAUAAACGUAGCUCUAUUU